AUGCCCUCUGCCCACUGCCCUCUGCCCUCUGCCUACUGCCCUCUGCCCUCUGCCUACUGCCCUCUGCCCUCUGCCCACUGCCCUCUGCCCACUGCCCUCUGCCCACUGCCCUCUGCCUUCUGCCCUCUGCCCUCUGCCCUCUGCCCACUGCCCUCUGCCUACUGCCCUCUGCCCUCUGCCUACUGCCCUCUGCCCUCUGCCCUCUGCCCACUGCCCUCUGCCCACUGCCCUCUGCCCACUGCCCUCUGCCUUCUGCCCUCUGCCCUCUGCCCUCUGCCCUCUGCCCACUGCCCUCUGCCUACUGCCCUCUGCCCUCUGCCUACUGCCGUCUGCCCUCUGCCUACUGCCCUCUGCCCACUGCCCUCUGCCCUCUUGCUCUCAUGCUGCCUUUGUGUGCUCUGGUAA